AUGUCCUCGUCGAUGCCCAGACCCAACGAGCGCCCCUCGAGCUCAAGAAAUACCCCAGCCUCUACCAUUCCCACCCCAGACUUCGUCAGCGACGACACGCCCAUUGCGCAGACCCGCACGUCUCGCGAAAUCGAGUCAGAGGGCGUCGAGCUGCGGAAACUGCACCACGCUCCUCCAGAGGCGGAAAACACAGCGGGGAUAGAAGAUGAAUUCUCAGAAAGCGACAGCGAUGCCAGGGAGGACGAGGGCAACGAAGGAUAUGUCAAGCGACGCCUUCGUAGGACCGCAACACACUCAAAAGACUACACGGACGAAGAAGAAGCCGCAGUGGUGCGCAAACUGGACCGCAGGCUGGUCGUCUUCUUGGGUUUUCUCUACCUGUUGAGCUUCCUCGACCGCUCCAACAUUGGCAACGCUCGAAUCGCGGGGCUGGAAACGGACCUCGCCCUCUCGUCGGCGCAGUACGAUUGGCUCCUCACGGCUUUCUACAUUACCUACAUUGGCUUUGAGUGGAUGAUCCUGCUGUACCGCAUCCUUCCCGCCCAUAUUUACAUACCUCUGUGUGUGCUCUCGUGGGGCCUCGUUGCCAGUCUACAAAGCCUAGCCACCUCCUUCGGCCAGCUGCUCAUCCUCCGUGCCAUCUUGGGUAUCACCGAAGCCGCUUUUGGGCCCGGCGUGCCUUUCUACAUGACGUACUUCUACAAGCGCUCCGAGCUGGCCUAUAGAGUUGGACUGCAGAUCUCGGCCGCACCACUGGCGACGAGCUUCGCGGGGUCACUAGCAUGGGUGAUUGUCAAGCUGAGCCAGAAUGGGCCCAUCGCUCCCUGGAGGGCACUGUUUCUGGUCGAAGGGUUCCCGUCCAUCAUCACGGCCGUCGUCGCCUGGUAUUGGAUCCCGGAUUCGCCGUCCAAGGCGCGGUAUUUGACGGCCCGGGAGAGGAAAGUUGCCGUCAUGAGACUUGGAGCCGAAGAAAGCAGCCAUGGUUCUUCUCAUUCGCGUGAGCCUUCGCACGCCUCCUCCAGUGCAGCGUCCUCGCUGGCCCAACGGCUCAACGUCAAAGAAAUCCUCGCCACGAUCCUCGAUCCGAAAUCGUACCUGACCGCCCUCAUGUUCCUCAGCGUAAACGUCUCGUUCAGCUCACUCCCGGUCUUCCUCCCCACCAUUAUAAACAGCAUGUCCUUCUCCCCUCUAGCCUCCCAGGCCCUGGCAGCUCCACCGUACCUUUUCGCCUUCUUCUUCGUGCUCAUGGUGGGCCGGUACAGCGACAAAGUGCCCGACUCGAGAUCCCUGUUCCUCAUGGGUGUUGCUCUACUCAGCGCCGUAUCAUACGCCGGGAUGGCCAUUGCGGGAUACUUGCACGAGUCCCUGGGCGAGGCUGGGAGUAUCACGAUCCGCUACGUCGGCGUCUACGGGGCCGCGAUGGGUCUAUUUUCAUCCGUCACGCUCAUCAUCACGUGGACGCUGAACAACCAAGCCACCGCGACGGGCAAGGGCACGGGUCUGACCAUUCUGAACAUCAUAGGCCAGUGCGGUCCGCUGAUCGGCGUUCAUCUGUUCCCGCGUACCCAGGGCCCCUUGUACGUCCAAGGCAUGGCCGUGUGUGCCGGGUUCAUGGCUGUGGGAGUUGCCGGCUUGGCCGGUGUGUUGAGACUGGUCCUGCAGCGCGAGAACAGGCGGAAUGGUUUUGGAGAAAAGCAGCAGCCUGGACUGGGCGGCGAGUAUGAAAUGGUGAGCAAAGAGGACGAAGAUGGCGAGGCAGGGCCUCUAGGUCAGCGAGACGGGGAUGAUGCUCAAGAGACUUUGAUCGGCGGAGCCAUCAAGAUUAGAGGUGAGAGUUCGGGAUUUCGGUAUAUGCUCUGA